AUGGUGUCAUGGUUUCAACUUCCGGCAGAGAUCCGCAGCAGGGUCUACGAGUACGCCUUCGGAGCACUCGUCUUCAAACCGCUGCAACCACCCGACUCGGCAACCCAGACGGACAACCCCAGUCAAACCCCCUCUACCUCAUUCGCGUCCUUAGCAGUGUGCAGAAAAUGGAAGAGAGAGGUCGCACCAUACCUCCUGUCACGUGGCACAUUCGAUUUUACAGGUCAUCCAGGAGACCCUCCUCACUUGGUCUGUCCGCAGGUAUACGAGAUAAUGCGGCAGGUGGUGAUUUUGGAGACUCAUUGCUUCAGCACGGAUUGGCUGCAUCACGUCUUGGACAAGAUGGCACAGGUACAGACUGUGACCAUUCGAAAGCUGAGAAAAACAGGUCCUGUGGACAAUAGUGUCUUUGACGGGCCAAAAUUGACGCAGGGGUUCAUCGAGAGGGUCAAGUGUGACCCAAUCAAGACAUUGUUGACCGGAUAUCUUUUCGAUCAUAUAUACAUCAAGAAGAUGUUGACACUUCAAGGGCGGAAGAGAAGUGUCCUGCUGGAAGGAAGGUUGUGGCUUGCCGACAACACUGAGGACAUUCACUCGGUGAGGGAGAUCCUUUUCUUCCCGCAGCAGAUGCCCAAAUCCACCAGUACUGACUCUUUUGUGUCAAAGAAGUUCGCGAUUGAUCUGGACUCCUGGAGAGUGCGGAUCGAGGGAGUACUCGAAGGGGCCACAGUAUACGAAGUUCAGGCCGCCGAACCUGCUCCGGUCAAACUGAGUUGCUUUGACGACGAGGAGGGAAUGUUCGAGUAUCUGAUCAGUCAACAUAUCAGUCAACACUGGACUUCCUCGCGGCACGUCCGAGGCACAUACUAG